CUUUUAACUAGUUACUUUUUAAUUGACAAAAUGAAAAUGAAGAACCAGUCAGGGGAGAUAGAGUUCAUUUUGCUCGGACUGACAGAUGAUCCUCUGCAACAAAUUGUGAUUUUCUUGUUUCUAUUUUUCAAUUACGUCCUGAGCCUGAUGGUAAACUUAAUCAUCAUUGUUCUCACCCUGCUGGAUCCCCGCCUCAAGACACCAAUGUAUUUCUUUCUCCGAAAUUUCUCCUUCUUAGAAAUCUCCUUCACAACGGCCUGCAUUCCACGGUUCUUGAUGAGCAUUCUCACUGGAGAUAGAAAAAUUUCCUACAAUGCUUGUGUAAGUCAAUUAUUCUUUUUCUUUCUCUUAGGAAUUACAGAGUUUUUCCUCCUGGCUGCCAUGUCCUAUGACCGCUAUGUGGCCAUCUGCAAACCACUGCAUUAUCCCAACAUUAUGAACAUCAGAGUCUGCUACCAACUCGUGCUCAGCUCCUGGGCAAUGGGAUUCUUGAUCAUCUUUUCCCCUUUGUUGUUAGGACUCAAGCUGGAUUUCUGUGCUUCCAAAGUGAUUGAUCAUUUCCUAUGUGACACUUCUCCAAUCCUGCAGCUUUCAUGCACAGAUACACGUUUCAUAGAAUUAAUGGCUUUUAUUUUGGCUGUGAUGACACUUGUUAUCACAUUGUUGUUAGUGGUCCUGUCCUACACGUUUAUCCUCAAAACCAUUCUAAAAUUCCCAUCUGUUCAACAAAGAAGAAAGGCCUUUUCCACUUGUUCCUCACACAUGGUUGUUGUCUCUAUCACUUAUGGCAGCUGUAUGUUUAUGUAUUUGAAGCCAUCAGCAAAGGAAAGGGUGGCUUUAACUAAAGGAGUAGCUGUGCUCAAUACUUCUGUGGCCCCUUUGCUCAACCCGUUUAUUUACACCAUAAGGAACCAGCAAGUAAAGGAAGCUCUCAAGCAUGUUCUCCAAAGACUUCCUUCUUUUAAAGACAAUUAG